GGACAAAAAGAGAACAUAAUUAUUAAUAUACACAUUAAUAUACAUAACACAUAAGAUGUGUUUUCAUAGUCGACAAUGUCGUAGAAGUCUUCUUUUGCAUUUAAGUCACCAUAAAUCAUUCAAAUGAAACAAAAGCGUGAGGAUUUUUCCUUAUUAGACUUCUUUGUGCCUCUUCUCUGCCACCUGUCCAAUCAGUUCACCAGAUAUUACUCCAGGAAAUAGCAUCGCCAUUCCUAUAUUACUUAAACCUUAGUAAACAUACGUCAGGUGAGCGUGGGAGCCAGUAAAUUGUUUUAGCGCCUCGAUCCUUCAGGAACUGCCUGCAUCCUCGCCACAUUUGCAUUGACGUGCACCAGGAGGAACCUGAGACCUGCUGCACCAGUGUAGGGUCUAACAGCUGGUCUACACCUCAUUUAUUUAACAUCAAGAGUGUUUAAUGGCCAAGCAUUAAACAAAUUGGUAAAAUAAUUAUUUAGGAAUUUGUCUUCGACUUCCUAUUAACUUUAUUUCUCUACGACCGCAUUAAGUAUAUUUUAUUCCAACAGUGCUGCAGGAAAGAAAAAAUCUGUAAAGGCAGGCACUAUUCCCUCAGCUUUUUCACAAAUCACACCAAAGGUGAAGUACUGAUAUCAAGCAGUAAACAAAAAUAUGUGUUUCAUCACAGAAAUAUAACAGCAAAAUAUUUUCAGGAAACUCCCUCACAUCCUAUUUUUAUCGCACUGGUCCCCUUAUAAGAGAGUGGAAAGAAAAAGUAAGUUCACACAUACUUAAUCACAAGGAAGUCACAGGGCAGUUGAAGCAAGCGAAAGCAGACUGAUGAUGGAAGUGUUGUUGCUGCUGAUCCUGCUAAUUCUGUCUUCAGCCAGUUCUCAUGACAUUGAGAACACUACACAGCAGAAAGACGGAACAGAUUCCAGUGGCAUCCCUCCAACUGCAGUGAACAGACUGAUGCAAACAAAUCUGCCAGUUCUAAGUGUUCAUAACUUCAGACAGAAGAGGCAAGUUCAGUCGUCCUCCGUUGUCCAUAUCAAUGGCACUAACCUGAUGUGGGUGACCUGGAACAGCUCUCUUCCUAAUCAUUCCGUCUCACUUUACAAUGGUGAUACUGAUCGAGUUGAUUAUAUCUGUAAGUACAAGUGUGACGCUGGCUUCUAUAUGCCCAGCAAGGGUCCUUAUUGCUACUAUCCUAGUGCGAUAGAAAACAGAGGUUUUCCAUUUGAAAUAUUGGUUAACAAAGACAACUUUGAGAUCCUGGAGUGGAAGGCUGAUUCGUAUGGUUCAGUACCGAAGAAUUCAGUCUGGACCUGCUCAGGGAAGCAAAUAUAUGUGGGCAAGAACCAUUAUGGACUGGGAAAGGUGUCCACUAAAGAAAAGGUUUUCUACUUGCCUUAUAAUGAUAAAGAAUAUUCAUACAACAACUAUGAGGUCCUGACCAUCAAUGAAAAUGUCAUCAGCCAGACGAUCUACAAUGUCAGAUACAACAAGGAUCAUUCUAAAGUCUUCAAAUUUCCUCCUGAGGUCAUGCAUGAAGCAACCAUCAGCAACCAUGAAUGUUACCCAGUAGUGAAAACAGAGACUCUCUCAAAGACAUAUCAGGUGCAGCAGAGGUGGGACUUCACCUUUUCUAUCAAGUUUGGGGCUAAAAUAACUAUUACGGCUGGCAUCCCCUCCAUUGUGAAAGGAACUCUUGAAGUCAGCACAGAGGUGCAAUUUCAGUUUACAACGGGAACCACUGUGACAGAGAGUAUGACUGACACUGCCUCUGUGGAGCUUACUGUGCCACCAAACCACUCCUGUAAAUUUUCCACUGUUCGGCGCAAAGAAAAAGUUGAGACGUCAUUCACAGCACUGCUCAGGCGUACUUACGGUGAUGGAGAGAUCCACACAACGUCAAUCACUGGGACAUAUGACAGCAUUCAGGUUGGAAAAAUCCAGGCUGUGGUCGAUCGAUGUGAACUUCUAGUAGAAUUCAAGCCUUGUCCAGUCCAAUGCAAAUCCAGUGUGAUGUCUGAUGAUGUAAACCUUGUUUUUCUUCUCUUUACAUCAUUUUCCUGUUCAUACUGGAUUUGAAUCAGUAUGCGGUGACCUCUGCUAUUGUCCAUUGGCGUUGAAUAAGACU